GUCAAUAAUAGUUUGGUUGCACGGGACAUCGCUAAUCAACUUUUGCUAGUAGACGAGCCUUUUGCAAAGCUAGUUAGCUAGCUUCAUAACAUAUAUAUUUUACGGUCGUUUGUCGUUGUAUUUUCUGUAUUUAUGUCUUUUGAAAUCCAUACUUGGAUUUGUAGUCGUCAAUAAACCAACAAAUUACUGAAGUGACAAGGAGACUCCAUUUUCGUAUGCCGCUGGCUAGCGAUAAGACGGUGGAAAGCUAGUUGGUUAUGUUGUUAGGCUAGGCUAGGCUAGGCUAACUUAACUUUCCUUGGUAGGUGAAGUGGAGUGGGGAGUUUUGCGAUAAAUUGUUUAUCUGACGAUACAUUCGUUGACUACAGAAGACUCCCAGGUAGGCUUUCGAAUAACGUUUGCCCAGUAUACACCACCGGGAGAGGUUAUUGGCUGACCGUGCCUGGGGUUCAUCAAUGCUCUGUUGCAGUGGUGUUACGUUAGCUGCACGACUGCUACUGCUAUCAUGGUGUAGUGCGCGGCUGAUAACCUAGCAUAUUUUCCCAGCAAACUGACAAGCUAAGCUAAUGUACCAUGGAAGCUAACGUGAACCAAGUCACUUUCCUAACGUUACUCACACGUAACGUUAUCCUUGUGCAGUGCAAGUAUGAUAUAUAGAAUGUAAAUAAAGACCGGCUUGCAUGACGGCGUUAUGAGAUUAUUUUAGCAACAUGCUGAUGGUGGGAGGCAAUGGACGGAUGCACUAGAAUGAGUGUGAAGGAGCUGUGUGAGACUGAUGAUCUGGCCACCAGUUUGGUGCUGGACCCACUGCUGGGCUUCAGCACCCACAAAAUGAACAUCAGCCCCCUGCCUGAGAUUCGGCGAUGGGGUAAUCUUAAAGAGACUCUGUUACGCUUUCAGCGUACACGUGACUUCAGUGCAACAUUUGAGGCACUGACAGUGGGUGAACUGGCUGGUGACUACUUCAAUUCUUUGGGAAGCCAUCGACAGGAACUGCUGAGACAACAUGUCUAUCGCUACCUCAGUGCCUUCCUGUUGGAUAGUGGUGUCAAGCUAGAGUCCUGUGACAGAUACUCCUCAGAGACCAAUGGAGCAAAGAUAACCUCAACAAGGCACUGGUUUGCUGGAGAGCGGGUGGAGGUCCUGCUGGGCUGUAUAGCUGAGCUGAGCCCUGCUGAUGGCACUGUGCUGAGAGCAGGAGUCAAUGACUUCAGUGUGAUGUAUUCCACACGCAAGCGCUGCGCUCAACUCUGGCUCGGGCCUGCAGCUUUCAUUAACCAUGACUGCAAACCAAACUGCAAGUUCGUCCCUAGUGAGAAGAAUAUCGCUUGUGUUGAAGUGAUUCGACCCAUCUCACCUGGGGAGGAGAUCACAUGUUACUAUGGUGCCAGCUUUUUUGGCGAAGGCAAUGAAAUGUGUGAAUGCUGCACCUGUGAGAGAAAUGGAGAGGGUCACUUCAAACACAGAGGGAAACAGCCUGAAUGUGAAGAAACAAAGGACUCUGUGGGCCAAAAGUACCGCCUGAGAGAAAGAUAUCUUCGUCAUCACAGAGAGAAGGGUCACUUUCCUGCCAAGCCGAUUAUACCAGGAAUUCACUCAGGUAUCUUUAAAGCCAUCCCCUCAAGAAAUUCCUUUACCCAGCAGAUGAGGAGAAAUGCAUUGAAGAACAGAAAACUUAGUCAGACAAAGAAGUGGAGACGAGAGAAGCACAGAAGGUCAGGAAAACACCCUUUGAAAUCCUCCACAGUCAACCAGCGUCAGACAGUUCCAUUUUUGUCUCAAGUUACGCUGAGGGACCUCAAAAUCAGUGUACGGCGCCACUCGGUGGAUUUCUUAAUCAGUUGCAAGGAUCCAAACAGCAAGGAAAGGGCCUUGCUGCAGCAACUGGAGGCAGUGAAGCCAAAAGAUAACAGGCUGAGAGAACUGAAUUUAACUCCUGAGGAAAGUAACAGUAGUAGUGAGGUAAACUUAAAGCCUUUUACUCUAAAUUCCUCCAUGUCAGUUCAUCAGAAAAAUACACCUGCAGUAAGUUCUGCAGGUCCUAAUGGCAAGUCUGUCAAAAUUGUGGACAGACAAGCUGUUCACAUGAGGACCUCUUCAAGAACAAGGAGCACGGUUCACACCACGCUCACACAUCAGACAACUAACACUACAACUAUGUGUCACUCUGCUAAGACUGACAAAACCUCUAGUGCAAUAAAACAAGAGAAGAUUGAAAAAGAAACCACAGAAAGUCAAACCGACAAGUGCUGUGGUGCUCAAUCUUGCAUCAUCGACGUGGCUCAAAAUCCAGCUGUGGAGCAAGCAGAGAAUAAGCCUAUCGGAGCAUUACCCUUUUUAGAUGUUGGUCGGAGUGUCACAGAUGGAUCAAAGAAAGCCAGGGACACUCCACCAAUAUCACUGAAGCAAUACCUUACAGUCAACCUAACAAGGUUAUCAGUGCCACAAAGUGUAGAAACAGAAAAUACCUCUGAAGACAGAAACGGAAGAGUGGAGGUGAGACAAAGGGGCAGGCGGAGCAAGUGUCCUAGAUCAGCAGCUCUGACAGUACAGUCAGAAAAAAGAGUGUCCAGAUUUCAGCAGAGGCAGGGAGGAGGAUUGGAGACUGGCACAGCUGAAGGUAACAGAGGGGUCAGGGAAAUGUUUUUCAAGGCCAUUGAUAAAGUAAAUGCAAAAGAGCAACAUCCAAGUGAAACUGCAGGUGAUUUAUCCCACAGCGAGAACAGGGGGAAUGACAAAGUUAUCGAAAUACAAACCGUGCCAGAAGAAGAAAAAAGCUGUGUACAAAAGGAGCAGCAGGACAUUGAAAUAGGCAAAAAUGAAAGGCUAAAAGAAAAGAGAAAUGUUGCAUCGGUGGAUAUGAAAUGUAAUAGUAAGAGAUCCUUAGAGGAAGUGAAAGAGUCUGAAUGUAAAAUAGUGUCCAGUGAAAAAACUACAGGGCAAAAUAACAUCCAGUCUGUUAAAAUUAAAGUCAAAGAUGCAUGUAAGGAGGAAGUAGUUGCUGAACUGUCGGAACAAACGGGUAGGAGCCUGAGUAAGCAGCCAAUAGGUAGGCAUGAAGAAGAUAUUGUCAUAAAGCAGGCAAAGGUUCUGCUAUCUGAUAUUUUUAAAAAAGAUAAGCCCUUAAGAGAUGAGGGAUUAGAGGGAGAUAUUGUAGGAAGAGCCUCUUCUCCUUUGACCUCUAAGGAAAUGCAAAAUGCUGAGGGGGGAGCAGAAGUGAGCGAAAUUAAUGGAGGCAGGUGCCAAAGUUCAGUGCAGAGGAGGAUUAUGAGAAGACGAAAAAUUGGACCUAGAGCACUAAAGACAAAAGCAGAAGGUAAGCAAAGCACCAAGAGACACUUGAGCCAAGAUGUUCCAGCUAAGACUGAGUUGAGUGAGGAUAGUUUGCCACUUCAGUCACUGGGGCAUAAUGACUCGCUGGCCACCUGCCUCAAACCACUACCUCAUAAGUCAAAAGCUACAACUACUCUGCAUCCAGACACCAAUCCGCAGGCACUCAUGCAGUCCAACAUACCUCUGAAGAAACGCACAUUUCGCAGUUCUGUGGAAACUGACUCUGAACAAGGUUUGACUUCUGCUUUGGAACAAGCUUCUAAAGAAGCUACUGAAUUAAAUUCAUUAACGGUGCCGAGUCGGGACCUUAACCAGGGUACAGUGGAGAGUAGCAGAGUGAGAAGAGAGACUAAAAGCAAAUGUAGAAGAUCAGCACUUCAGAGUGUAACCCCUAAAAGGACCAUGAAACAAAAUUCCUUGAACAGAGUGCUUCACUCCAGAUCUAAUGAAGCUCUGCGAGGACAUUUACUGAGGAAAGGCCGAAAGCGUAAAGCAGAGGGGCAAGACGAAGAUGAUGCUAAUAAGCUUGGAGAGGACAAACAAGCUUGUCCUGCUGCAAUCCAAGAGCAGUGUGAUAAAGAUCCAGAUAAAUAUCAAGCGAAAGAUGAAGGGAAAAGAUUAAACCAGCAAAGUGAUUUGGAGGACACAAAGUCGGGCCUUAAUUUUAAGAUUCGUUUCAAAAGAAGGAGGGGGAAAGUAUGGGAGAUGCAACGUGCUGGAAUUGAAAAUAUGACUUUAAAAUCAGAGAAGAGAGAUGAAUUGGUUGUAUGUGAUCCUUUUAAAGCCAUCAUGGAUUCUGUAUCAGUUUUAAACAUGGAGAUGGAGGCAGCUCAGGCUCAUGUGCAGGCUAGUAAGAAGUCGAAGAGCAGACUGCAUCGUUUGAAAAAAAGAGGUGAGAAGCUGAGUGAAAGGCAAGCUUUAUAUUUCUCCUCAGGCACAAAAUCAGGCAAAGUCCAAGACCUUAAAAAUGUUGAAAAUGCAUGCAAAACCAGUCUAUCUACUCGAGACAAUGUAGAAAAGAAAGUGAAGCAUGAUGGGGAGCUUCAGGUGGGAGUCGGGCAGCUGCCGGAAAAAAUGGAGAGUUUGAAAAAUGAGAGGGAAUCUUUUACAGCUGCUUGCCUGGAAACAAAAACUGAAGAUAGUUUUUUAAAGAGCUGCUGCGUGAUGGAAACUGGGUCACAACAGAAAGAGGAGCCUGAGCUGGAUUUAAAUGGUCUUCCGUUACCAGUAAUUAAACUACGCAGAAAGAUUGAGGAUAUUUGGGAAGUGGACAGCAAAGAGGAGCUUAUACAAACUGAGCUUAAGGUAGAGCCCAAAGUUAAAAAAGAUGUGAAGGGUCACAUUUUAGCGAAAGAAAAGAAAGAAUCUCGUGAUUGUUGCAAACUCAAAGAUGAGUGCCCACCCUCUCAGAGGCCGAACAGCAACCCUGCAGUUCUGAAAACAGAACCACCACCAUUUUCCUUGUCUCUUUCACCACUCUCUCUGUCUUCCCCUCUUAAUGACAGUAAAACUGAAGCUAUAUCCCAAGCUGCAGAUAGAAUCACUGAAAGGCCAGACAUGAACAGUGGAGGAAGGAAGCAGAGGCACAAAAUGGAGAGAACACGCAACUGUGGGCCUGUGGAAACACCCACCACUUGUCUUAGUCACACUCUCCAACAAAUUGACAAUAGCCUCUCUAGGCUCUCUGAGGGCUUGUGUUCAUCUCAGACUUUGGAAAAGCCAGCGAUCUGUACCAAUGCAUCAGUCAUCCAGCCCCCCUCCCAGUCUCCUCCAUUCACAACUGCAGAUAGCAUACUUUCCAGUGAGCCAAGCUUCACAAACUGCUGUGAUGAUAUUUUGGACUUUCAGUGUCUCAACUUUGAGGGAUAUUAUCAGCCACAGAACAUACUUCCAUCUUCUCCAUCUGAUCUCUGUUCACUGGAUCCCCCCACAGAUCCUUUCAGCAGUCCCCUCUCUCACAGCCCAUCUGAUACAUGGACCACUGAAACACCAUACCUUGGCCCUCCCAGUCCAGGAAAUAACUUUACCAGUGAAGACCUGCAGUUUUUUCCAGGUUUAAUUUCUUCCAAAAGUGAUUCUGUUCCUCUGGAAUGUGAAGUGAAGGAUACCUCCAGAGACAGAAGCGCACCCAACCCCAGUUUCAGUUUUUCAGUUCUCAGCAACUCUGACUUGACCGCCAAGGAUCGAAUUAUGACUAAAAAUCCAGGAAUGAAACUGUCCAAAGAAGAACUCAGAACUCAGUCUUUGCCUGUAGUUGGCAAGUCUCGGUUGUUGGGUGCAACAUCAUCUUCUCUUACAUCUCAAAAUUCUGCUACCCAGCCCUCCAUCAACCUCAAGCCGAGCACCAGCCAAUCAAAAGCCCAGACUAACCUUAAAACCCAGGGCCCUUUCCACCGUAUGAGCAUUCCUAAUAAAUCCCAUUCUUUUCUAGGUAGUCAGCCAAACACAGUUAGAGGAGUGUCCCAGAGCUGCUUAACUAAGCCUGUCCCGUCAUCUCAGUUGCCUAACAAAUUCCUCUCUCCUCAGCUCUUCACUGUGAAAAAUCAGAAUCCUCCUGACAAUCCAUUCAACUUCCAAACCUCUACGGCUAUUCACAGGGUGCUUAAGUAUCAGGGGGGUAACCAGAGUCAGAACUUGUAUAGUGCACCUUGUAAAGACAUCACGGCUGCUGGCAGCCCGAUGGUCAUGUCCAGAACACUUGGUGCAAAAUCAGGUGCUAUUGCGAAAACACAGCACAGUCAGAAACGCAGUUUUAAUGUAGACAGUCAUCAUAAAGGCGACGUUUCUGUUCAGGGGUUUGGAAAGGAUAUGGCUCAUCUUGGUUCUUCCAGUAACCCCAGCAGAUCCAGCUCUCAUUUCAACAAACUCAACACUGCUUUCCCUCAGUCUUUUGCUAAAAGUAAGAUGUCACCUGACAAAAGCGAUGAAACAAACAUGACUUACAAAAACUUUUCUACGUUGCCAAGACCCUUCUUCUUUCCUAGCAAAGUGUCUGAGGGGUAUUCAUCACCACAAGACAAGAGAUCCACUCCACUGACCUCAGACAAAAACCAGCCUUGUUACAGUCAGCAAGAUCCUUUUGAUUUCAGUUUUGGCUCAUCUCUGUCUUCAGUGUCACAGCAUAACAGCCCCCAGGCUGCCCACAGUACACCACCUGGCCUCAAAAGUCAGGACGAACAUUACAGGAAGGACAUGCAGCAACAGUGCCAGCCUGGGGAACACCAUGGUGCCCCACACUGUGGGCCUGUUCCAUCAUCUCACUCCAUGGGUGCUACAAAACCUAAGAGGGUGAGGUUAGUUGUGACGGAUGGCACAGUCGACUUAGAUCUCCAGUACUCUGAUUAA